UUAUUUAAUAAUGUCUGAAGAAUCAAUUGUUAGCACAGAAAAUGGAGUCGUCGAGGCUGAAGAAAAUAUUCAGGAGCCGGCUUUGUAUAAUUAUGUUUUGACUGAGGAACAAAAACAACGAAAAAUUAAAUGCGUCACGUGGGAUGAUAAAGUUGUUGAGGUUAAUUUGAAUAAAUAUUUUUUUUGUUAAAUUAAGGGUUUUUGAAUGAAAAAUAAUUUUUUCAAUUUAAAAAUUUUUGGUUCCUUUCCAUUAAACGCUUCCAAAUUCUUUGGCUUUGCUUUGGUCAGUGGGGAGUUCUAAAGCCUUUCGCUUUAACUGUUUCCUACGGCUUCCUUUGACGGCUUCUUUCGGUUCGUCUUCUCGGUCCAAGGCGAAUGGUAUCACUCGGGAUGAUUGGAAAUGCCUCUAAGAAAAAGAUACAAACCCUCAAAAAUUAUAAACACCUAUAGGGUAACCCGGACAUUUUUGGGGUCAAAAAUUCUGAACAAAAUUGUAACCAAUUGUAUCCUCACUUGAAAUAAUUUGAGGGUGUGUGAUCGGGGUAUUAUACUAUAACGCGGACUGGGAGAGGG